UAAAUUAAGAAAUAAAUACGCAGCUGUGAAAAUACCAACACCAAUACACGGACACACUGCAAAACACGUAUUCGCGUUGAGUUAAAAAAUUGUAAUAUCAAAAGUUCAAUUGACGGUAGUUGAUUGCACACAGCAAAUUUAUAAUUAAUAGUGUUUAGUUGCGCCGCGACAAUUUGUGCUGUAACGAAGUGUAUGCAUUAGAACGAAGCGUGUGCAAGGGACUUAAAAGUGCAAUUAAAGAAGCGCCCUAUAACUGCGCAAAUGGCAAAGAGCCAUCGAAAGAAGUUUGACGAACAUUAAAGAGGACAGAGGCACGGAAAGUCGAAAAGACACGACAAUUUGCAACAACGCUGCUGCUGCAAAAUGGAUGAUCUGUCGCAGGGCGACAUCUGUCGCGUCUGCCGCUGCGAAGCGGUCGCAGAUCGCCCGCUCUUCUAUCCCUGCAUCUGCACGGGCAGCAUUAAGUACAUCCAUCAGGAUUGUCUAAUGCAAUGGAUGCGUUACUCGCACAAGGAAUACUGCGAACUGUGCGGUCAUCGCUUUAGCUUCCAGCCCAUCUAUGCGCCCGAUAUGCCACGCGUUCUGCCGCUACGCGAUGUCCUUGUGGGUCUCAUGUCCGCUGUUUUGGAGGGCGCUCGUUCAUGGCUCCACUUUUCGCUAGUUGGCAUGGCCUGGUUUGGUGUGGUGCCAUUGUCAGCGUAUCGCACCUAUCGCUACCUAUUUCGCGCCAGCUCUUUCGACAUGAUACUCUCGCUGCCGUUUGACAUCUUCUCCAUGGAGAAUCUGGCUGAGGAUGCUUUCCGUGGCUGCUUUGUGGUCACGUGCACGCUGCUCUCGUUCAUUGGUCUAGUUUGGCUCCGCGAACAGAUACUACAUGGCGGUGGACCCGAUUGGCUGGAACGUGAUGAGGCACCAGCUCCAGCACCGGCAGCAGCACCUGCUCCAGCUGCUGCUCCGGUUGCUCCACCUGCCGCUGCUGAUGCGGCACCAGUUGCCGCUGAUGCGCCACAGGAUGACAACAACAACGGCGAGGCACCUCAAGAAGUGCCACUCAACAACCCUGAGCCGGCGGUCGCCAAUGCGGACAACGAUGAACAGAACUGGAAUCCCAUGGAAUGGGAUCGUGCAGCCGAAGAGCUUACCUGGGAACGUCUCCUAGGUCUUGAUGGUUCGCUAGUCUUCUUAGAGCACGUCUUCUGGAUCAUCUCGCUCAACACCAUGUUCAUCUUUACCUUCGCCUUCUGUCCGUAUUGCGUGGGCAACUUUAUACUGAGCUCAAUGGAUCUGCUGCAGCCGGAGAAACCUUUACUUCAUUUCCAUGGAUUGAUCACCACUCUCUUUGGAUACUGUUGCAUCGGAUUGACGUUAGUCGUGUUGCAUUUCUUGGCACGCAUCUUUCGGCUGCGUCGCAUCUGCUGGUUCAUUGGACUCUGCUACAUUGUGGUCAAGGUAUCGCUACUAUCCGUGGUUGAGAUUGGUGUGUUGCCGCUCAUCUCGGGCUGGUGGCUGGACAUUUGUUCGUUGCCGCUGCUCGAUGCCAGCUUGAAGGAUCGCAAGGCCAGCUUUAAGGCAGCGCCUGGAACUUCGCUCUUUGUGCACUGGAUGUUUGGCAUGGUUUAUGUCUACUAUUUUGCCGCCUUCAUUUCGCUGCUGCGCGAAGUGUUGCGUCCCGGUGUGCUAUGGAUCUUUCGCAAUGUGAAUGAUCCGGAUUUCAGUCCUAUACAGGAGAUGAUUCACGUGCCCAUCAUUAGGCAUGUUCGACGUCUCGUUGCCUCAGCCAUGAUCUUUGGUUUCGCUGUGCUGCUGAUGCUCUGGCUGCCCAUACGCAUACUCCAGGUGAUUUGGCCCAAUUUCUUGCCCUACGCGUUGAGUGGUGACUCCGAGGUGAACGAUCUGAGUUUGCAGCUGUUGCUGCUGCAGAUUGUGUUGCCUGGAUUCUUUGAGCAAACGCAGACGCGCAUUUGGCUAAAGGGUUUGCUGCGCAUCUGGUGCACAGCUGUCGCCUGGCUGCUGGGCAUUCGCAGCUAUCUGCUGCCCGCUCCCGAGGAGCCACCACCACCAGCUGCUGCCGAGGAGGCUGCCGAAGCAGCGGCCGAGCCAGCAGCUGAUGGAGUUGCUGUUGCAGCUCCUCCAGUUCCGCCACCACCGCCCGUACCAGAGCCAGCUCCACCGCCGCCACGCAACUUGGCAGCCGCCCAUCAAGCCAUCAUGCAACCCGUUGUACCCGCUGGCUUCCAGCCCUACGAACGUCCCUCGUUCUUUGCCGUGCGCCUGUGCGCGCUGCUCUCGCUAAUGUGUCUGUCUAUCGUGUGUGCUGCCAUGCUAAUGCUCACCGUGCCCGUCUACAUUGGCCGCCGUCUGAUGAUGUUGUGGACUGGACAACCGGGUGAUAAAGUGCCGCCUUUGGUUGCCGACGAUGCGGUGGCUGCGGCUGCCGUUGAUCCGGAGACAGCGCGUAAAAACGAACGUUUGUUGCGGCCGCAUGAAUUAUACACUGCUGAAAUCGGUGGCUAUCUCUGCUGGAUUGUGUCGCGUGGUAUUGCUGUUGUCGUCACACUGCUGCCCCAAGGACGCGCUGCAAUUGUGAACAAACUGAAGCACUGGGCACGUGUUGCCCUCCAGUAUGCGCUGCCAGUGCUCACGCUCGUGGGCAUCUUUGUGCUGGUGCCGUUGCUGUUUGGACUGCUGCUCGAGCAGGUGGUGGUCAUACCAUUGCGUGUGCCAUGGCGCAACAUGCCCAUACGCUUCCUGUGGCAGGAUUGGGCUCUGGGCGUGCUCUACACCAAGAUUGCCAUUGCACUGACGCUCAUGGGACCCGAUUGGCAUCUCAAGCGUGCGUUGGAACGCGCCUACACCGAUGGAUUGCGCGAUUUCGAUUUGAAAUUUGUGAUUCGCGAUCUCGCGGUGCCGGUGGUGACCACAUUUGGUCUGGCGCUGGCAAUACCCUAUGUGAUUGGUCACUCCAUAUUGCCAAUCUUCAUUGUGGAUCCCUUUGGACGGCUGUUCAUUUCGAAAGUGGUCUAUCCAGUCAGCUUCAUACUUGUGGGAAGCAUUGGAUUUGUGCUCUUCCAAAUAAAGCAGCUGAAGAAGUUGUAUUUGUCCAUCAAGGUGGACAAGUAUUUGGUUGGCCAACGGCUGGUCAACUAUGAGCAUCGCAAGAAGCAGCAGGCUCAGCAGGCGGCGGCUGCGCAGGAGCUGAAGGCACGCCAAGAGGCCGAGGAGGCGCAACAGGCACAAGCCCAAGCCGGCGAGGCGCAGGCAGUAGAGCCACAGCAACAACAGGGCUAUGUUAUACCCAAUGCGGGUCCCGAUGAGGAGAGGGAACUGGAUCCUGAUCCAUUGGUCAAUCUCGCCGAGCAGGCAGCUUUGCAUGCGCGACGACGACGAGGUCCGAUGCCGCGAAUCCUGAUAGCCGAUGCCAAUGAGGAGCUGCUCUAGGGUUACGUUUACUUCAUCUGCAUGUUCAUCAUGGAGUCCCUGUUGUUGUAUCUCUGUUUGGCACACAUGCUUCAUACCCAUCCACACGACACAUACACUCAGACCCAAACUCAUACACACUCACACUCAAUGUAUCAUCUAGAACAGCAGCUAGAGACAGGGAUUAUGGCA